AUGACGAUGAUGCGGAUCGUCCUCUUCCUCUCCCUCGCCUGCUUGUCUCUUGAUGCGUCGUGUUCACCUCCUCCUGCUGCUGCUUCGUGUGCAGGAACGACGACGCCCUUCUGUGGGUCUUGCAGCUGCAGUGCCGAAGACGACCUGAAGCUGCGGGAGGCAUUCCUCGCCGAGGUGAAAGCCCACGGUUACGAGGACGCUGCCUGCAGAUCCGAGCUGAAGGCCUACAUCUGUGCGGUGUGCGUGUCUGCCGACGACGACCCGCCCUCCGCGCUUCCUCUCCGUUGCGCCGGCGCCGCGGCCCCGCCGUCGUCCAUCUCCACUACCCGUCACGACGACGACCUAGGCAGCACCGACGGCGGCGGCGGCAGCAGCACGCUGUGCGUGCACAAGGCUUCGACGCAGGCGUACGAUGGUGUGGUGCCACUUCAUGACGGAUCUGGCCGACUUCUCUGCUGGCGAAGAAACGGGCAGAUAUGGUUGGCUACGGUGGAUGUGGUGGACCCCACCGGCGGCUCCGUCCUCCGCGUGGUCGACAAGCCGUUGGUCGACCUCGGCAGCCGCCUCGUCAGCCAGGACGCCGCCGCGCGGGGCCUCGCUGGAGUCGCGGUCCAUUCCAGCGGCCAAUUGUUCGUGUCCUACUACACCACCACCGUUGGCCCCGACGGCGGCAGCGCCUUCCUCGUUGUCGACCAACUAUCCUCAUCAGCAUCCUGGAGCGAGGGGCAUGAGCAGCGCAGCGCAGCGAACCGGGCCCAGCUUACGACUACGAGGGUGUUCUCGAUGGCCUUGCCUGAUCAAUCGGAGCCCCGCUCCUCUUCAUCGGGCUUUCUUCUCGACUACUACGGUGGUCAGAUCCUAUUUCGGCCCACCACCACCGACCCUUUCCUUUACCUUGUCACUGGCCCGGCCCAGAGCGAUGGUCAGCUGCAAGCAAAAAUCCUGCGCUUCCGUGUUGGACAAGACACGUCGUCGGGAAUCGGUUCCAUGGAGGUCCAAGUAUACGCAUCGGUCUUAGGCGUCCCGAGGCGAUGCGCGUUCGAUGCCGACAAACCUCACGACCUCUACUGCGCAACCGUUGAGGAAUUCUGGUGGACGGUGGCGUCGCCGGCACGCAACUACACCACCACUCGGAACCUCCGGGUCACGUGCGCCGCACCUACCGCUACAUCUCCCUGCCGCGGCGGCGACUUUGCUGGCGGCAGCGUUACCUCCUUUGCGGAAGAUGCAGACAAGAAUGCCCUCCUGCUCGCAACAGACGGUGUCUACAUGGUUGUGCGGCCCAGCCUCUGCGACGCCGACGACACCCACACCAAAGCCCCCACAUCCACAUCUACUAAGAGCCUUCUCAAGUGGAUCUUUGGUGUGAUAGGAAGCCUGAUAGCGAUUCUUGGUGGUGGUUACGGGGCGUACAGGUAUAGGACAUGCAGCUGCUUCAACACGACGACUGACAUCACGAUCAACGCCACCAACGUGAACAUCCACAACGGCGAAAAUAAAAUCCAACUCGCCGUUAUUAGUACAGAAGGAUAG